GCCCUACAGGGCAUAGAAAAGCGCGCGUCGUAUGAAUAUAUUCUCCCCAAAACCCCGCAAUUAUUAAACAUCUGAUAUCCCAGUGAAUACAGUCUUAAUAAACAAGAAUUUAGGAACGUACUCGUAUGCGAAAAUAUGAAAUCGAAGGCAUUUUGUGUGAGGAAUGAUAUCUAGGUGAAAACAAGUUUUGCGGAUCUUCGUGGCGUCUGCUUCAGGUCUGAAAACAAACCCAAACAAAUAUGGCAGAUUCAGAAGACCAGUUGCGGAGAAUGGUGAUGACCUUUCGGGUCUCAGAACUUCAGAUGCUCUUGGGAUACGCUGGCAAGAAUAAAACUGGUCGCAAGAAUGAACUACAGAGUCGAGCUAUUGAAAUAGUGAGAUUAAGAAACCCUGCCAUUCAAGCAAAGAUCAAAGAGUUAUACAAGAGCAUUCAACUAGAGAUGAUGUCGUUUGGUGACAGGUCACAAGCAGCAGCCAGUGGACCAACAGGAAUCCAUCCAGCCCAGAAAGUUCCAAUGGGCCUCAACACAAUAGCAGGUUAUACUCAGGCAGGAAGUGUGGGAAGCAUUGGUGGGGUAACCUCGACACACAGCAGUACUAGAUAUUCCUCCGGCUCAUCACAAGUGGCUCCUACAGGAAUGUCAACAGCUGUGGGCUAUACAACAAUGACUAGCAGUAGUCAUAACUCCUCUUACCCAAUCAACCCUGAUGUCAAAUUAAAAAAGCUGCCAUUCUAUGACAUCCUUGGGGAAUUAUUGAAACCAUCAUCACUAGCCCCCCAGGGUUCAGGACGCUAUCAGGAGUCCACAUUCACAUUUUCAUUAACGCCACAUCAAGCCAAUAAAAUUGCAAAUUCUAGAGAUCUACGGCCAGGGAAACAAGACUAUUCUGUUCAGGUUCAGAUGAGGUUUUGUUUGCUCGAGACAACCUGUGAGCAAGAAGAUAACUUCCCACCAAAUAUUGCUGUUAAAAUAAAUGAAAAGAUGUGUCCAUUACCUACACCCAUCCCCACCAACAAGCCCGGAGUAGAACCAAAGCGACCAUCCCGACCAGUCAAUGUGACUGCACUCUGUCGUAUAUCUCCCACUGUUACGAACAGGAUACAGGUAUCUUGGGCUUCGGAAUAUGGUCGUUGCUACGUCAUAUCUGUUUAUUUAGUACAGAAGUUGUCCUCGGAUGACUUACUUCAGAGACUUAAAAAUAGAGGAGCCAAAAUUGCUGAUUUUACUAGAUCACUUAUAAAACAAAAACUACAAGAAGAUGCAGAUUGUGAAAUAGCCACAACGUCUUUACGAUGUUCACUCAUGUGUCCACUCGGAAAAAUGCGAAUGAUGUUACCAUGUCGAGCGAGUACCUGUGAUCACCUACAGUGUUUUGAUGCAUCUCUCUACCUUCAAAUGAAUGAACGAAAACCCACCUGGACCUGCCCAGUUUGUGACAAACCUGCUCUUUAUGACUGUUUAGUCAUUGAUGGGUACUUUCAGGAAGUUCUUCAACAGAAUUCAAGCUGUAAUGAGGUGACACUACAUAAAGAUGGAAAUUGGACACCUCUAAUGCCCAAAAAAGAACAAAAAGAACCUGAAGUGGAAAAGCGAAAAUCUGAAGUAGCUGUGGAGACUUUAAGUGACGAUAGUGAUGAUGAGGAUACCCGAGACCAAGAUGAUGCACCCAUUGUAGAAGAAGUGAACAACAAGAAAAAAUCUGCUGAGCCUGAAAUCAUCACACUAACCGAUAGUGAGGAAGAUGAUGACUCGUCACCACCACCUGCUAAACGCCCUAACAAUGGCCAAACUACCACUGCUGUUACCUCAGCAAAUGCAACGGGGACUGCUGGAAAUACUACACCACACGGUUCAGAUGGUCAUCCAAGCUAAGAGUCUGCAUAGAAAAAAAAAAGAAAUGUUUGAAGAAUUUGUCCAGGCAAGAUUAGUGGACAGUGAAGUAUAAUUUCAUGCACAAUUGAAGCAGCAGUCUGAGAAAAUCAACAAAAUUAAAAAUCUCCACAGAAGAAAAUUGUGGCAGUUACAGCUCAGAUAAAUAUACUUAAGCAAGGGUUUCUAAAUAGAGAAAGUUUUUCAGUGAAAAUGUUCUUUCUUAACCUCAACCAAUUUCUUGGUCAUUGUCAGUUUUUCAUGGUUUAACAUUUAAAACAAGACAUCCAAUUAUAAUUAAAUAAAAUAGGAAGCAUUUUAAGGAUAGGACCAGAGGUGCAUUUAUUUUUCUCAUAGGUCAUCAAUAUACAGUAUUGUUCAUUACUGAAAGUAUUCGUUUUCUUUCAGUAACUUUUAGUACGAGACUCCCAUUUUUUUUCUGUACCACAUUCACUGUCUUCCACUAAGGUAAGUGACCCCGAAGAAAUGCAUACACCAUCAUUCAUUUAAUAGUUAUCUUGGCAGAAUUGUGAAGAUACAGAUCCAAUGGCUCUGGAUUGCAAAGAAUUAGCUGCAAAAAUUAGAAGUAUAAGACUACUAGAGUGGGUGGUAUAGGGAGGUCUACAAUACUGUACAGGCAAUAAACUUUGCCAUCUGGAUAAUACAAAGACAGCAGAGCAAGGCUAAAUUCAUUCAACAACAUUUUGCUCAAGGAUGAGCUUUGGUUUUUUGUUUGGAAAAGCCUACCCUUGAGUGCAGUAUGUAAGAGAAGUUUGCUUUACCAUGUGUCUUUGUAUUACUCUGUCAGCAUUUUGCCCACCAACCAUUUUGCCAACUGUUUCCUCAAGGUGUAAAAUAUUCUCUAACUAGAUAAAAGGUAUAUAAUACCAAGAACAUUAAGACAAAUGUGCAGCACCUGGGCAUCUUUGUGAAAGAGAAGCUCUGCCCACCAGGUGCUUUAUCAAUCUACUGAUUUGUAAAAACCCCAUUCCUUAGUGGCAAAGCAUCUGUUAAAGAUACCCAGGUGUUGUAUAUGUCAUAUUCACAAACCCAUAAAAAACUGUUUACUCUAAAUGGAAGUUAGACAUUCUAGUUAAUCAGUUAACUGUCCAAACGUAGAUCUACAUUCUUACCGCUAGCACUCCAAAUGUAGAUCUACAUUUUAUUUUUCCUGCCUCCAAAUUUGCCAAAAUUGGACUAAGAUGCCUGGUCAGCAUAGAAUGGGUCUUAACCCUCGGUGUGCGCACUAUUAAACAAAUCUGGGACCACUUAGCACCUUGUGGGAGCACCAGUUAAAUUGAGUGCCAGCUAGAGUAAACAGCUUGGCAAACACCAAGGAUUCUCUGAUAUCAUGUCCUAUUAACACUCCCUUUUCAAGAGCAAAAUGUGUCAUCCUGCCAGAAUGUCCUAUAACCUAUGCCCUAAGUAAAAAGAAACAAUCCU